AUGAUCUACGGUAUUCUUCUUGAGAGUUGUCGGUAUGGAGUACGUGAAGUAUAUGGACAUGAAACAUGGAAAAGAAUAGUACAGGAAAUGAAUUUUGAACAUGAAUCAUUUACGACACUUGGCCGUUAUGAUGAAUCAUUAAUUGAAAAAAUUUCUCAGACUUUAGCGGAUAUCUUACAUGAAGGGGACCCCGAUUUAUAUAUGCAGUUUUUUGGUGAAAGCUUUGUAAAAUUUUUUACAAAUUAUGGUUAUGAUAAAAUUUUACGUGUUGCUGGAAGACAUUUUCGAGACUUUCUUCAUUCAAUUGAUCAAUUACAUGAUUCAACUAGAUUUAGUUUUCCAAAAAUGAAAUCACCAUUAUUCCAUGUUACUGAAGAAGAUGAUAAUGGUGCUAUUUUACAUUAUAAAUCAAAACGUCGUGGUUUUCAACGAUAUAUAGUUGGACAAUUAAAAGAAUGUGCGCUAAGAUUUUUUAAAGAAGAAAUAUUUGUUCGUAUUCAAGAUGAUAUAUCAACAAAUGAAUAUAGUCAUAUUGUUUUUCGUGUGGAUUUUGAUAAUUACAUGGCUCGUUCAAUAGAGAGACGUCUUAUGCAAGGUCUAAAAUUGCCUGAUCUGACAGGCGCAACAUUUUUUAAAAUAUUUCCAUUUGCUAUUUUACUUGAUCCACAAAUGCGCAUAUUUCAUAUGGGACGUUCAAUAAGAAAUGUUUUUCCUGCUGAUACAGUACUAAUCGGUCGUUUUCUAGAAGAUGUAUUUCGUCUGAUUCGACCAGAUAUUCUACUUGAAUAUAACAAGGUACUUUCAUACGGCCGACAUAUUGUAUUUGUUAUUGAAAGUAAAGUUCCACUUCAUACAAAUUCAUCAACAUAUGCAAAAAAAUUUGGUUCAAAUAAUUCUUUAAUACGUCUUAAAGGACAAAUGAAACUAAUAACAGCUUGGAAUAUGAUUGCUUUUCUUUGUCAUCCAAUGCAUGUUUUAACACCAUAUCUAAUUUUCUUAUAA